AGGCAACGCAACAGCUGUUCGUCUCAACAUCGACACUUGACCACUACAAAGAUUUUGACGCUUUCCCCCAAAGACUCAAGAUCAUACGAUUACCGGAGAAUUUAAACUCUUCACCUCCAACCGUUAAUUCAUUAAUCUAAGUUCGCAUCCGAGACUCUUUGCUCCGCUCAGCACUGGAACGGAACCCCGCCAAGUUCUACCCCAAAUAGGGGAGCUACGCUUCACCGACAUACUCACGAUCGGUUAUUCUAUAAGUCUGCGAGGCAACAUUGGACAAAAUUUGCUUCCAAUCAUACGUGCAACUGCGCAACACAAAUCGAGCUCCCAAGGCUAUUGUGGUUGCAUGAUUGAAGACUGCCAUUAUGGCGUAUUCUGAACAGCAACGAUGGAUUACGGUCCAGCAGAAGACCUUCACCAAGUGGCUCAACACAAAACUGGUCGACCGCGACUUGGAGAUUUUAGACCUGGUCACCGACCUGAGCGAUGGCGUAUUCCUCAUUCAUUUACUCGAGUCACUCUCCGGAGAUUCCCUAGGCCGAUACGCAUCUAAACCGAAGCUCCGAGUGCAGAAAUUCGAAAAUGCCAACCUCGCUCUAGACUAUAUCCGAUCCCGAGGAAUCCAAAUGACAAAUAUUGGCGCCGAAGAUAUCGUUGAUGGCAAUCGUAAAAUCGUUCUAGGUCUUAUUUGGACGUUGAUUUUACGAUUUACCAUUAGCGAUAUCAACCAAGAAGGCAUGUCUGCAAAGGAGGGUCUGCUGCUUUGGUGCCAAAGGAAGACUGCUUGCUACGACGAAGUUGAAGUUCGAGAUUUCAGCGCCAGCUGGAAUGAUGGAUUGGCAUUCUGUGCCCUCCUGGAUAUUCACAGACCCGAUCUCAUCGACUUUGAUUCAUUGGACAAAUCUGAUCACAAGGGUAACAUGCAGCUCGCAUUUGACAUUGCAUCUGAGGAAAUUGGCAUUCCUAGAUUGCUCGAUGUAGAAGAUGUGGCUGACGUUGAUAAGCCUGAUGAGAGAAGUUUGAUGACGUAUAUUGCCUACUGGUUCCACGCCUUCUCCCAGAUGGAAAAGGUCGAAAACGCUGGCCGCCGAGUGGAAAAGUUUGUCAACAGUAUGCAAGGAGUUUGGGAAAUGCAGAGCACCUUUGAAAAGCGCAUGAGGGUCUUGCUGGAGAAGAUCCACGGUCAAACGGGAGCUUGGGAACAGGCAACUUUCGAAGGCUCAUACCUGGAUGCCAAGGCCCAAGCAAAGGAGUUUUCCGAUUACAAGAGAUCUCAAAAAAGAGAGUGGGUGGCCGAAAAGAGUGACUUGGCAACCCUUCUUGGAAAUAUCAAAACUAAGCUGGGAACGUACCAGCUGCGUCCGUAUGAGCCUCCCGCAGACCUGAGCCUGGACACUCUCGAUCGAGAUUGGGGGGUGCUCACAAAGACAGAGAUGGCUCGUGCUCAGCUGAUCAACGAGACGAUUAGAGAUAUCAAAAAUGCACUUCGACGCUCGUUUGCAGACAAGGCCAACGACUUUGCUAUGGCGCUGCAUACGAUGCAGCUAGCAAUUUCUGGCCUAGACGGCGAUCUCGAAGACCAACUUCACCAUGUACGAAAGCUUAGCAGCAGUCUCGCACCUCUGGAUCAAUACCUCGAAACAAUAGAAGCUGUCGAAGCGAAAUGCAUAGAAGCAAACAUUGAAGAAAACGACUUCACGACUUACACAUACGAUGAAUUGGCCUAUGAAUUCACUCUGGUCAAGACGUCAGUGCAGAAGAAGCUCUCGUUUCUCGAGAACCAAAUGGUGGCUCGCGACAUGACCAACCUUACACCAAUCCAGCUGGAGGAAUUUGAGAGCGUCUUCCGCCACUUUGAUAGGGACGACUCGAACUCACUACAGGAAUUGGAAUUCAAUGCCGCGCUGGCAUCUCUUGGACUGGUCUUUUCCGAAGAUGAGAUGCAUGAUUACUUUAUGGAGACAUCUGGAGGGCGCGACGAGGUUACUUUUGAACAGUUUAUCCGCUUCAUGGUUGAUGUCACGGAAGAUCAGAACACAGCAGAGCAGGUGUUCCAGUCUUUCCGCGAGGUUGCUGACGGCAAGCCGUACGUGACAGAGAUGGAUUUGAGACACAGUCUGGUACCCGAUGAGGUGAUUGACCAACUUGCGGGCAUUAUGCCGGCACAUACAGGCCCUGACAUGUCGCGUGACCGUGGCUUACCGCAGUAUGACUAUAUCAGCUUUAUGGAGAGGAUGCUCAACGGGCAGAGCCAAACGGACGACGUACCAGCAGGCGUCUUGCAGGACCGAAUCAAUGUCGGACAGUCAAGCCCUCGAAAGACAACCAAGGCCAACGGCUAUUAGUGUUCUACCGUGGUCGGUUGACGCACUUCAUGUACAUCAUCUCGUGGUAUAAACGUUGCGUAGUAUCAUCUAUCCUAAUUUGCUUUACGUUGUGCGUAGCGGAGGGCGAAUGGAAGACGGUGUGGGAUUCCAGUGUAAUUUCUUCUUGGGUAUAAUUUGGUAAAUAAUGAAGUAUAAAUUUAAUAGACCACUAACACUACUCUCUUUGCCCAUUCACAUAGCGCCGCUUCAGUCGUUGUCUCUAG